UUUUUAAGACACUGGAGAUUUACAGAGCUCGUUUCAAGAUAAAACAUCUUUAUGCAGAGAAAAAAAAGCCGACGUAAUGGAACUUUUCUUCCCUCAAAUUUCAGUGUUUGUUCUGUAAUGGUCCAUGAGGGGAUGUAUGAGUCACUCAGGGUCUCUCUCUGCAGGGUGCUCCCACCGCUGACGAGAAGCCGUUUCCCCUUGUGUCAGCCACCUCGGUGGAAUUUCUGAGUGCAUGUAAAGCAGCGGGCCUGCACAGGCACUGGCUGCUAUCUCACAAAAUGUUUGCUGGAAUCUGAGACAUGUUUGUCGUGUUUGUAGGGCAACCUUGGUGACAUGGUCAUUGGAACAGUGAGCUGAUCCACGUGUUUAUCUACGUGUUGAUAGCAGGCUGGCCUUGUGAGAGAGAGCUCUUAUAUACAGGAGCUCUUUCAGCACUUUACAGAACCAAAGUAGAGACUCUCUGCAUAGUGGGAGUUUUUCACCACUCAGAAAACAGUUUAAACAUUUUUCCUUCCUUUUUUUUGUCCUACAGACGAAAGUGACCACUUCAGUAAGCAAGAUGCUACCUGCAACUUUUAAGCUGUGCGCUGGCAUCUCCUAUCGGCACAUGAGAAACAUGACAGGUUUAAGAAAGAAUGCCAUGGUGGCCAUUCAUCACGAGCUCAAUAGACUGGCAGGUCCAGGACCCAGUAACUGGAUCAGCCAAGUUCGGCGUCGAAGCUCCCUUCUGAGUUCUCGCAUUGAGGAGGAGGGGUUCAGUGAGCAGGAAAUGUCUUAUGUGAAGCAAGGUGAAGAUGCACUGCAGAAGGCUAUCAGCAUCCUCAGUGAGCAGGACGGCUGGACGGUUGAAACUGUAGCUCCGAAUGGAGAUAAGGUCCUGAGUAAGGUACUGCCUGACAUCGGGAAGGUGUUCAAGCUGGAAGUCGUCAUGGAGCAACACCCUGACAGCCUCUAUGAAGAGCUGGUGGGAAACAUGGAGCAAAUGGGGGAGUGGAAUCCCAAUGUAAAGGAGGUCAAAAUUCUCCAAAAGAUUGGCCGGGACACCAUGAUUACCCAUGAGGUGUCUGCAGAGACACCGGGGAAUGUGGUGGGGCCGAGAGACUUUGUGAACGUCCGCUGUACCCGACGUCGGGGCUCCACCUGCUUCCUGGCUGGGAUGUCCACUCAGCAUCCAAAAAUGCCAGAGCAGAAGGGCAUCAUUAGAGCUGAAAAUGGGCCUACCUGCAUUGUGAUGAAACCGUGUUCUGAUCACCCAGACAAGACCAAGUUUACGUGGUUACUAAGUUUAGAUCUAAAGGGCUGGAUCCCAAAGACAAUCGUAAACAAAGUGCUCUCUCAGACGCAGGUGGACUUCGCCAACUACCUCAGGCACCGGAUGGCAGAUAAUGUUUCUGCAGAGAUGGCUCCUGCUUGCUGACACAAGAUGCCACUCGAGCUUUGCUCCAGAGCUCUCAGCAGUUACAGAACUAAUGAAAUCUUCACUAAAGUCAGCAUAUAACUACUGAAAAAUCGGAAAAUCCAGACUGUUGCUUAGAACCAAAACAGAUCAUUCUUCUUCUUUUGCUGCACAAAAUCUAUGCACCACAAUGUUGUGCAAAAACCCGCAUUAUUCCUGAAAAACCUUGUGACCAUUAAGCACUCCUUUGGACAAGACCGAAGAAAAGAAAUGUUUCCUUGUAAGUAGUUUAAAUGUAUCAUUUAAGUAUAUUUAUAGCAAAAUGAAAACAAAAAAGGAGUACCAAUAUCUCCUCAUCACAAACAGUCCAUUGGACUUUAAACAAGAGAGAACCAACAAUAGAAAAAACUAACAUUGCACUUUUGGUCUUUUUUAUGUAAUAAAGCAUACAUGAGACCUAUGAAACCCCUUGAAGUACAAGUAUUUCAAAGAAUGAGACAGCUCUGAAUGUAUAUGUUUUAAAAAGAACUAUAUUAAAGGCAUCUUCAAUAAAACCUGAAGUGAGUUGA